AGGCGGGGAGUGCGGAACCAGAGACUCUGCAUGUUGAGUAAACAUGUAUGAGGUUGCCUGCCACAAAAACGGGAGUAUUUUUUUAACCUUUGCGGAACGUUAUCGCGGUAUGUGGAUCAAAUGGCAAGUAAUGCAUAGCACUGUUACCAUCGUUAAUGAUGUUACUAAGCGAUAAUUGCGCAUGUCAUUUUGUUUGACAGAGAGAGAUGAGUGCUGUGAAUCGUUCUCCCUCCAUCCUAUUAGUAAUACCCGGUGAUGAUCAUGAUGGCAAUUACUGCCCCUAAUAAUCACAGCGCGAGAUUUGGCGCCGCUCAUGUUGCCGUUUGUAUCAGUUCGAUGUUGCGUGAGCGCGAACAUUGUGUCAGAUAGUGUUCUGUUCAUUGCUCGUUUGGCUCUGUGAGCGUGUCUGGUCGCAAUAUUCUCCGUGCGCUCUCCUUUAGGUAUAGCAGUGUGUCAGUGAGAGAUUGUGUCCAGGCGAGUUGGUGAACUGUCAUUCGAUUUAUGUCCAAUUGGUUCGAGGCCGAAGAUGGCGAGGCUAGGGGGUAUGCACGCUCAGUGCCCGUGAAGCUCGACUGUCAGCUGCACAGCAUUCACCAAGGCAGUCACCGUCGCCCUGUACAUCGGAGGGAUUCGAACAUCGCGCAGGUAUAGAUUAAUUCAGUUUUCUGAAUAUAUACACAAUCGUAGAAAUGUUUUAACUUGCGUUCAAUCUGUUCGCAAGUCAGAACGGGUGAAGAAUCUGUUGCGCAUCGAAAGACCCGGCAAGCCUUGGGUGGUACCGCAGGUACCGCAGCUUGAAGACGAGCACUUGUGCCUACCAAGUUACCCUAUCAUUAUCAUCGUUCUGCGAGGAAAAAAACUAUUUUCUUGGAAAGCGUGUUGGUGAAUAAGUUCAGAGGCUCCCUCUCAACCCGUAGCGACGUACACACAGGAGUGCCCAAGUCGGCGGCACAGACGCUGACUCUGCGUCCGGCAGGUUAGGGCCUGGACCUCCGCCAGUCGUGACUCUUGGCGCCAGCCAGCAAACAAACCGUCGCUGUGUGGGGACUGCUUGUUUGGACGGCAUCCCUCCUCCGCAGCACCAACAACCAGUACAAGCCCGUGCUUGCAGGUGCAUGACCUGAAGCUCAGCCACAAACCAGAGGCAGACAGGUACACGGGGAAAACAUCAGAAUGCAGGUGUCAUUCGCCUGUACAGAACACAACCUCAAGAGCCGCAGUGAGGACCGGCUGUGUGGCCUUCGCACCGCCCCACCACCGGGCGGUGGCAGCGGCGGGGGGAGCGGCCAGGGAAGCAACGGGAACUACAACGUCCAGAACGUGACCAAGACUCAGCUCCGGGAGCAGUCGGGGUCCCGGCUCGUCCCGCAAGGCCACGCCCACAUGAAGGAGGCCAUCGGCAGACACAGCAACAUGAAGUACAGGAACCUUGGGAAGUCUGGGCUGCGAGUUUCCUGUUUGGGUCUAGGCACCUGGGUGACCUUCGGUUCUCAGAUCUCAGAUGAGAUGGCAGAGAACCUGAUGACCAUAGCAUAUGAGAAUGGGGUGAAUCUUUUUGACACGGCAGAGGUCUACGCCUCGGGCAGGGCUGAGAUCACUCUCGGGAACAUCAUCAAGAAGAAAGGAUGGAGGAGAUCCAGUUUUGUAGUGACAACCAAGAUCUACUGGGGAGGACAAGCAGAAACAGAGAGAGGGCUCUCCAGAAAGCAUAUCAUUGAAGGUCUUCGAGGAUCCUUGUCCAGACUGCAGUUAGAAUAUGUCGACAUUGUCUUCGCCAACCGUAAUGAUGUCAACAGCCCAAUGGAAGGUCAGGGAUGGUCACAUUCAAGAUUCUAUACAGUGUCUGUGGUUUAUAAUGACAAGAUUUCACUUGACAUUUCACUUCACUUAUGGUGUGUGUGUGUGUGUGUGUGUGUGUGUUCUGUGCCCUUUGCAGAAGUCGUGCGUGCAAUGACCUUUGUGAUAAACCAGGGCAUGGCAAUGUACUGGGGAACAUCCCGGUGGAGCGCCAUGGAGAUCAUGGAGGCGUACUCAGUGGCACGCCAGUUCAACCUGAUCCCACCCGUGUGUGAGCAGGCUGAGUACCACUAUUUCCAGAGGGACAAGGUGGAAGUCCAACUGCCUGAACUCUAUCACAAGAUAGGAGUGGGAGCUAUGACCUGGUCCCCACUGGCCUGUGGGCUGAUCACUGGAAAGUACAGUGACGGCGUUCCAGACUGCUCCCGGGCCGCUAUGAAAGGCUACCAGUGGCUGAAAGAGCGUGUGAACAGUGAGGAGGGCCGCAGACAGCUGGCCAAAAUCAAAGAGCUCCACCUGCUGGCUGACAGAAUGGGUUGCACUGCUGCACAACUAGCUAUUGCCUGGUGUCUGCGUAGUGAGGGGGUCAGCUCCGUGCUCAUGGGCGUGUCGAACACAGACCAGCUCAUCGAGAACCUGGGGGCCCUGCAGGUGCUCACCCAGAUGACACCCCAGGCAGUGAGCGAGAUCGACGCUCUGCUGGGAAACAAACCUCACUCCAAAAAAGAGACGCGUGCAUGAAGAAAACGAUGGCAAGUGAGACAGAAAGAUGGAGACUGUGUCGAAUGCAGAAAGAUGGAGACUGUGUCGAAUGCAGAAAGAUGGAGACUGUGUCGAAUGCAGAAAGAUGGAGACUGUGUCGAAUGCAGAAAGAUGGAGACUGUGUCGAAUGCAGAAAGAGGAAUGCAAGACGAGGGAGAGAGAGAGAGGAGGACGCCACAGAGAGGAACAUCGCUUCUUUGCCCUCCUGCAUAACCAAUAAAACCUGCAUGUCUUCUGCAACAUUGUGCUUCCAGUAUUUGCGCACAACCCUUCUGCGCAUCUCUUUAUAUCUUAUAUUAACAACAACAACAAAAAAAAGGAUAUCCUACUCUGAGCUUCGACGACAACAAUAGCAUUGACAAAACAAACAAAAGAUCACACAUGAAACACGGCCAGGCUUAUUUCAUUUCUGUACAUGGACAGAGGGCGGUGUGUAUGCAUUUCAGUCUCUGUCUUCCAGGAAUAGAGUUGAUGGAACAGGGAUCGUUUGAAACAGAAAGAGAUGAACAUGUGACUGGCAGCAACUCUAAACAAACACCUCCCUCUCUCCUUCCUUUCUCCUCUCCCUCUGAACAGAACAGAGACGAUUAUCCAAGACAGAAGAGUGGGAUCAUUUCACUGCCACAAUGCAAGAGUGAUACAAGAUUAAUCUUUCCUCCUUUUCUGAAUGGAUGAGUGAUUGAGUCUGUGUGUGUGUGCACGUGUUAGAAGAAUGUAUGGUUGUAGAUGCUGUGUGUGUAUGAAAAUGAACCUAUGUGAAUAUAUGUCUGAAUAUGUGUUUUGCACAGUACUGCCAGGCUAGACAUGUACGAUCUAUUGUAUCUGGUACCAGGUGUAGUGAGGUGCUAUGUGUAGCACUGUAUGUGUGUAUGUCUUUGUAUGUGUGUGUGAGAGAGACAGUCUACUGCCAAUUUGUGGCACUGUGCAUCAGUAAAAACACAAGUCUUCCUCCCCUCUCCCUUCCUAUUGUAAAACUGUGUUAAAACUGUGCGCAUGACCCUUUAAGAGAGAACAGGUUUCCCACGUGGGGUGAAGAGUGUUGGUAUGGCAUGGCUUUUUUUGUGGUAUAUAUGUACAUUCAUUGCACCUCAUCUGUAAACAGCCUCUGCCUUGUCUUUUUGCACUACCUAGUUCAGGGUCCAGAUGUAGAGAGAGUGCAAGGUCUUCUAUGACCUUAAGAUGGCAUUUAUGUUUUUAUGUAUGUGGACAAAACAAAAACUUUCUCUGCGACGAUGACAAUGAGAAGAAUCCUCCGCCAUGCAGUUGUAUUUAUGUACACAUGAAUGAGUUAUCGAAUUUAGCUACAGAUGGUCAAGAAAGUGUCCUCGGUAUUCAUAUGAGAGUAUCAAUGGAGAUGCUGCUGGAAGUUAUUAGUUGUCAGAGACAGACGCUGGCUCACACUCUGUGAUGGAAAAGCAGCCGUCAGGCACAGCUUUGUGUUCCACUGAACUACCACACUCAGUUUGUGUGUGGAAGUUCUAUCACAAAACACAGUGAAGGCUUGCAUAAACAUGUUAGUUUGGUGAGGGGUGCCAUGUCUUGCUUACAAUAGAUGAAGCUAUCUUUGAUCAUUUGGUAGAAUUUGCAAGUCAGUGCUGACAUCUAGAAGACUGCUUCCAUUUUUUUCACUGAUUUUUGUUUUGCGCUGUUUGUUUGUAGCAAAGGAUUCAUCUCAGCCGUUUGUGCCACUUUCUACAACUGAAGGAUAAUCAGGAUUGAUUUGCAAGAAAGAAUUUUGUACAUGAAAAGGGUGAAUUGAUGUGACAUUAGAAACCUAUGAUUUCAUGUGAAUCAUAAAAACAACUGAGCUAUUUCAUAAUUUGUUGGUUAGUCCAUACGAACAAUGAAAAGAGGUCAUGUUCUAUCGAUUCAGUUUGUUGGUCAUCAGGUCAGUUAAUUUAAAUCAAACUUGGCAUUCUGUAUGCAAUUUCCUUGAUGAAGUUAUUUUUGUCCACUCUGGUUCUCAGCCAAGUGUUAGUGUACAUAAUGACGACUCACGAGAACUGGAUGAGAUUUAGCAUUAGAACCACGCUUCAGUCUGCUUUUUGAUCAGGAGCUUACCCAGAAUGGUAUGUGAAGUCACCAUGUUAAAGCAGUUUGGGGUUGAAAUUCCUCUGGCUACUGUGUAUCACUCUAUCAAUGGUCAAGUCAGCAAUUCUCCUGUUAAACUGUGCCGACCAGUUCUGGUGUUUGUUUAUUUCACAGUUGUCCAUGGCUUAUGUAAGUAAUGUACUUGAGUUGCUUUUGAAGAGAACUCUGUUUUGUUUUUUACGAAUGACAUUAGAGAUGCCAGAAUAUAAAAUAUUGCUUUCUAAUAUCAUAUUGUUUGCAGAAACAUAGUGAAACAGAAGGACAACCAACCAAUGUAUAUAAACAUUUAGUGCACUCCUAAAUGCUAUAUAUUUGCCUGUACAUCCUUUAUUUUACUGUUAUGCAAGAAAAAGAGAAAGAAAAGAAGAAAAAAAAGCUUGAACGUAUUGUGUUUUGCCUGUCUCCAAAAUA